AUGCUUCGGAGAUCGUCGCUCGUUAUUAUUGCGGCCGCUGUUGCAGCGUCCGCCACCGCUGUUCUACCUCUUGGCGCAAGGCAGCAGCAUGUUAGCAACAUGACCAAUACAUCAAGCUCCGGUGCCGUGCCCUCCACCGAUCCAAUCCACCUCCCGUUGUGCGCUCUUGAAUGCUUCACGGCCACUUGUUUGAAGCUCGAUUUAUCAUGUAUAUGCGAGAGCUUGACUCAGCCGUCUCAAGGCUUGUCCUGCUUCAAAGCGUCAUGCAGCUUCCCCGAGAGUCUGACUACGAUGAAUCUCACUCAGACAGUGUGCGGCGGCUCAGUGCGAGAUCGAUCAGGUCGAUUCAAGACGAUGACCAUUGCUCUUAGCUCGGCAACCCUUCUGGUCGCCGGUAUUCGCUUUGUGUCCAAAUUUCUCUUCAGCGCCAGACAGGGCUUUGGUCCGGACGAUUGGACAAUGUUGGCAGCGGGACUUAUUGGUGUACCAUGCAUCAUAUUCAACAUCUCUGGAUUGAGUGGCCAUGGACUGGGCAAUGAUAUCUGGACAUUGGCUCCAGAAGUUGUGGCUUCAUUCGCACAAUGGUUUCUCGCCAUGGAGAUCUUUUACGUGGUCAUAAUAUCACUUGUCAAAACCAGCCUGUCGCUCUUCUAUCUCGACCUGUUUCCAGGAAUCAGAUUUCGCAGAGUGAUAUGGGGGACUAUCAUGUUCCAUAUCGCCUCCGGUCUCAGCUUCGUCAUUGGCAGCCUCUUGCAAUGCGUACCCCUGAGUUUCACGUGGGAGCAAUUCGACGACAGCACCAACACUCCACCGGGAUACUGUAUCAACGUGAAUGCCUUCGCAUGGGCCAAUGCUGCCAUAAAUGUCGCGGUCGAUGUUUGGCUUAUAGGGAUUCCCCUAUACCAGCUGUACAGUCUGGACACUCAGUGGAGGAGAAAGUUGAGUGCAGCCGUUAUGUUUAUGACAGGAGUGAUAGCCACGGCCGUCUCCAUCCUCCGGCUCCAGUCACUCAUUCGCUUUGCUAACUCAGCGAACCCCACGUGGGACCACUGGAAUGUCGCCUGGUGGUCUACCAUCGAAGUCAACAUAAGCAUCAUGUGCACGUGCCUCCCUUCCAUACGGCUCGUUCUGGCGCACUUGUUUCCACGAAUGAUUGGUUCGAGUCUCGGCAUACCUCCGAUAUCUGAGGACUCUUGGAUCGGUGAGAAGAUCACCAGUCCGAACCCUUUGGAUGUCGAACGCCUGGAACUGUGCAACAAUCCGAGCAUAGACGCACGCUCAAAGGCCAGCGAAUCUACACAGGUAGGGGAAGGGGUUCUAGAAGCAUAA